GCGGCGCAGUACGAGGCGCUACCAUCGCCUCCGGCACCCAAAGAACCUUUACCACUACCCGCACCAGAUUGAAUGCACCGAAUGAUUCAUCGUCUAGUGCCUACCGAGACGGCGUAAGCGACCACUGAAGCUAACCAUCUUCCUCUCUUCAUCCACACUUCUUUCUCCCAGGCGUUGCUUACAGAAUGGUAGAUGACCCGGUACAAACUCUUCAUCAGCCCCUUUGCCAAGGUCUUCCUGGGCGCCGUCUUCACCUUCCAGGUUCUUCAUUGGACGUGGUUGAAGCUUGAGAUGGAUGAAUCCAAGUAUGAGAAGAAUAAGGAAGUCACUGCUCUUGAGGAAAAGGCUCGGGAAUUGACAGGCACGCAGAGAAAGAUGUAAAUGCUUGCAUGCCUGAGUAUUCGGGUCUUGACUGGAUCUUACUGGAAUAGUUAAUGGCGUCGUGUUCCUUGCUAUCGAUUGUACUCUAUCCGCCUGCAUCUGCCAUUGUAUAUACCCCAUGCAUCAAUGUCGCUUACAUGGAAAUGG